GGAGGUCAGGUGCCCAUAUAUUCCCUCCGAGCGGAAGAUAUGCCGAGGGGCGGACUGUUAAGAGCAAGUAUAUUGCCUUCAGUUCCAUAAAGAAAGGAGGGAGAUGAAGCCAUCGCCUCUCCGAACCCCAAAUUUGGGUCCACCAAUUCAUUCCUGCAAUACUGAGCUGCCGUCUCGCCUUAAUAACGUUUCCAUGCCAGUCCCUCCAUUUUUGCCGACGAGGGCGACGACUAUCAGACGUACUGUAGAGUUUCAAUCGAAACUUCACCUGCCCUCUCCUUCUUCUUCAUUUUCUCCGCGAAGGUUCAAAAAUCACUCCGCAGCUGAGAAGGCUGAUGUUGGUAAAUGUUCAUCUGGGAUUGUUGAAGCUGCUAAUGAACCAUCAUCCAGUAAACUCCUCCAAGUUGUAUUAGUUUCUCCUCAGAUUCCUGGAAAUACUGGAUGCAUUGCUAGAACUUGUGCGGCUUCAGCUGUUGGUCUUCACCUUGUUGGGCCUUUAGGAUUUCAAAUUGAUGAUGCCAAACUAAAGCGUGCUGGGCUGGACUAUUGGCCAUAUGUCAUAGUAAAAGUCCAUAGGUCCUGGGCUGAAUUCCAAGGCUACUUCAAGCAGCAGGAAGGAGAAAAGCGACUGCUGGCCUUCACCAAGAGAGGGACUAUAACACAUUCUGAUUUCUCAUUUAAGUGUGGGGACUGGCUAGUAUUUGGUUCUGAAACUUCUGGAUUACUCCCAGAGGUGCUCAAUGACUGCACAAAUGGACCCUAUGGAGGUGGAACCCUCAGGAUACCAAUGGUAGAAACUUACGUCCGUUGCCUGAAUUUGUCUGUGAGUGUGGGCAUUGCUCUGUAUGAAGCAUCAAGGCAACUUGGAUAUGAGCAGAUGCAACUCCAUUCUGGUUCCUCUCCUAGUAAAGUUUUCAUGAAAGAAGACAUAUUUUGUUAACUUACUGAUGUUGCGAUAUGCCUCUUACUUGCUGAGGUUGCUGUUCAGGGAGAGAAAAAAAAGGGGAGUGGGUGGUUUGGUUUAUAUGUAUGUGUUGAUUAUUUUUGUGGAGAAACUAGCUAAUGAAUGAAGAGCAAUUGCCUAUUCUUCUUCCUUGAUGGAUUUGAAAUUGUGCAUGUGAAGAUGAAGUGGCAGUGGUCUCUUUCACGCUAGGUUUUCUCUUUCCUAUUAACAUGUUUUGAGUAAAAAAUUGCAGAUUUUGACCGAA